UACAACCAGUCAUCGACUCCAGAGAGAAAAGAAAAGAAAGAAAAGAAGAGAAAAUUGAGAAGAAGACGAAACAGCGGCAAUUGCCGGCCCCAUUCUGUAUCCCUUGCUUUCUCCGUUCCUUCAUUUCUCCUUCUUCAAAUGCUCCAAGUCCUAACCCUAACGCUGACCCUAACCCUAGAAGCAUGAAAACCAGAGGCAAAAGCCGUCUCCUCUGCUUUCGCCCCUUCGCCGUUGAUGAAGCCGAUGGCGACAUGAUCAAAUCCGCCGGAAAAAGGACCUCCCUCGCCGGAGAUCCUGUUUUCACCUACAUCUCCGUCUCCACCGCGGAUCUCGGCAUUUCUGGAGAAGAAAGCGAGGAAGGAGCUAUCGCUGACGGCCGUCGACGGAAAAUCGCUCGUCGGAUUCUCGCUCGGUUCGUCAGAUUGAAAGUUCCAGAAACCCAAUCCGCGAAGGUUAGAAAUGGAAAGUUCAGAUCAGAUCCGAUUCACUCUUCGAAUUCGUCCGAGAAGAACGCUGCCGUCGUGAAAUCGGUUGCGGAAACCUGCCGGAAAUCCUCUGAAGUGGACGACCGGAAAAUCAAGGCGCCGACUGCUUCUUCUUCUUCUUCUUCUUCUUCUUCCGUUUCUUCCUCUGGCCGGAAGAACCUAGUCGUCUCAGAUUCCGGCGUUUCGCGCUCUCGUCGGAGGAUGGAGAAAGGGUCAGGAAAGUACGAUUACACCACUGGAUUGUAUUUACUUCUGAUUAGCCUAUCGGUGCUGGUCUUGUGGGGCCGGCUUUGCGCGAUCCUCUGGACGUCCACGUGUCUCUGUUUCGCGCCUCUCCGGAAAACUGACGACGUUCGGUCGGAAAAAGACGACCAGCCGGGGAACAUGAAGAAGUCACCGGAGAUUCGUGGGAGGGAGAAUCGGAAGCAAGUCAUCAUGGAAGGGCUGUUUGAAAGGAACCACCACAGUGUUUGAAUUUUCAC